AUGGCACUGAAAGUGGAUAGAAUCCAGGUCCAGCCUUUCCCUCCAUUUCAGCAAGAACACCACGAUGCGCCAGUUCAACAAGACCUCCAGUCCCCGAUUCUCCUCCAUAGGUCAGCAAGCUUUGAGUCUACACACGAAGAAGAUAUUCAGGAUACUCCCGUCUCACCCGGCGUAAAAAGAAACUUCUCCGAUACGAGUCUGUCCUCUAAAAACGAAUCGUGGAAUGUGAAAGAGAACUUUGCUGCCGGCAAAGAUAUUCUGCGUCGAGUUACACUGCGUCCCUCGAGUAAACCCAAGAGCUUGGCCCGCCGCACCUCGACCAACGAAGCUGCCACGACUUCCAAUUCUGUUCAUGGGGUAGACAAUACAACGCCGAGAGAAAGAUCGCGUAGCCUGGUUGGGGAGAAUAAGGACAAGGCAUGUCAAGAUUCGACACCACAGAUUGUUGUGAGGCCGUCCAAGUCUCGAUCUGUCUCUGAGAAGAUAGCUACACUUGCGCGUGUUUCAUGGAUGUCAAGCUCUCGCUCACCGUCGCCAGCCCGUGAUGCAAAAAGAGGAGCGUCUUCCUCGCGAGAGCAGUCUCCAACCCCUAGGAGGAGUCGUCCUGUGUCCACAAAUGGGGUAUCUUUAAGCAGCGAAACCAAGGAAUCUCAACAAAAUUCCAACGAUGACGCGCAGACUAAACGGCCAACUUCGAGCAAAAGGUCCCGCCGACCAUUGAGUGCAUUUGUCCCUAGAAGCAAAUCAGCCGAUCCGCCUUCCCCAUCGCUCCGAAGCAGGAAAUCAGUGGAUCAACUAGCAUCGCGUGGGCCUGAUCUUCCUCCUCUCCCUAACCCGCCAAUUCCGUCUACAUUACCUGCUUUAGAACCUGGUCGAAAGAAGGAUGAGCUUUGGAAUGUUUUCAGAGGUCUGGAAGCUGAUCUCCAGAAGUUUCACGCUAAAUCAACCAAUUUAAAGGUGAAUGUAGUACGGUCAUCAUUACUUCCUUUCCUCCAACGAUAUGCAUCGCAUCCGUCAUUCAAUGCGCUCCGGCCUGAAGACCUCGACCGGCGAGUCAACAUAUUGAACAAGUGGUGGACUUCAUUAUUGGGACUAUUGCAUGGCAAACACAACCAAUCGGUGUCUGGCACAGACCGACCUGUCUUCUUGGAAGCGCUUUCAGGGAUCAUGAUGCGAAAGGAAUGGAGAGUUCCUUAUCAACCCCAGAGUUUCUCUGCCCAUAGCUCCAAUUCUUCUCUAGAGUCAAGCUCCUCGGACUUUCUGGCAGAAUCGAUAUUUCACAAUGUGCGCAAUAUUUUCAAUCAGAAUCUGCUCUCACAGAUGUCUUUCGUCGUGGAGAGAAUGUCCCUACGGCAUGCGCCGGCCAGUUUGGUGUCUUUCUGUGGAAAAGCGUGUGCUUAUGCGUUCUAUUUCUGCCCUGGUGUUGCUGAUAUGUUGGUACGACUAUGGAAUACUCCAUCGGAUUCGUUUCGUCGGUUGCUGGCAGACCCAUUGGGAUACAAAGGACUAGGAGGUAGGGCUAUCGCGCAGAACCUUUCUGCUAGAUUCCCACUCCCCGUACGGUCUUUAGCCUUCUCCUCUCAUAUUGCUAUUUCCAGAUACUUACGGCAACCGCCGGUUUUACCAUUGAGCGCAACACAAAUUCCAUGGAAUGGACCUUGGGUCUCACGCUGGUGUGGACGGGACAGUGAUCUCUUCUACGUUUUCGUCAAGUACUUUCAUAUGCUCAAUUGCGACUUUCUACCCCCAGAAACAGACACUUCCCAUCAACUAUUUGCUCCUGGGAUGUUGUCCGUUCAAGGCCAUCUUUUAAUGGUGCUAGAGGAUACACUAUAUCGACAAUCUUCUCCACCAGCACCAGAGAAUCCCUUUGCGCCAAGCUCUGUAACCUUCGACGAUUUCAUUGAAGGACCCAAUACUGCCAUGUCAACAAUGCAUAUGGGUAUGGCAAAUUGUCACCGUUCGAUGGCAGAGAAUCGAUUGAUCAUACUCUUGCGUGACUUCCUUUUGGGGCCGUCAGCAGAACUUGCCCUAGCUCGGAGAAUGUAUAUUGACUCCUUUAUGCGCGUAUUGAAGACUGCCGCCCGUAAGACAUCGCUAUUCAACCAUAAUGCCUGUCUUGUUCUGUGUGAUUUCGUCGAGGAGACAGCUCCCUUGAUCGACCGAUAUGCUCGGAAGAUCAAAGAAGACAUCUUCCACUGGUCAUUCUGGCUUGAUGUUUGCAAGCAAAUGACACUCAGUCAGAAUUCAAUGACCGAGGUUCGUUUGUUUUCUUUCUUAUUUUCCAUGUGGAAAUCGUGGACCUCGAACAAGGAACGAUACAACGACCUUUGUUCUCGGUUUUUGCUUCAUGAUGACUACUUUUACACAUACUUCAGCCAUUGGAAUCCAAUGGUACGAGCUUAUUUUCUGCGAUUGAUUUGUUGGAGGGUGGCUCGUUUCAGCGCCAACCCUACUCCUGUUGAAUCGGACAUUUAUGAAAUGCUUAUGGACAAACUGGAGCAGGUCUGGGCCUAUUAUUUAACCUACAAUUUGCGAGCCAAAAAGGAAAUGCUUCCUCUAUUGGAUCCAGCGGCUGCCUAUCCAGCACCCGGACGACGACUAUUGAUUAUCCGCUCUGACAACCAGCAGCCGUCUCCAAGCAAUCCCUUCAUCUCUUUUGAUAGGUUAAGCACGCCAUCAUUCAACCAAACUGUAUAUCAAUCUCACGGAACGCUCAAGUUUGAUCUCAACGGUCUGCCUUCGGAUUCAGAUUCUUCAGCACCCAAACGAAGGUGGAAUAUACUGAAAAGUGUAUUUGGAGGGACUGUAAAUCCGAAACCUGGAGAGGUCACGCCUCCUGGCAGCGUGUCUGAUGAAAAUGAAAUCAAUGCGGUCGACGGUGUUAUGAAGAGGCAGUCAGAAGAGCACGGCAACCAGAUGGCUGAAGAAGAUGAUAGUAUAUACGAACCUCAAACCCCUCAUCAACAGUACAAUUUCAAAUUUUCUCUGGAGUGGUGUUCGCACCCCCAAAAGAAUUCGCUGCAGAAACCCGCCAAGCCGAGACCUCUUUUUGAGCCAGGUCUUCCUCGAAAGACCCUGUAUCAUGUUCAAUAUCAACGAUCAGCCAAGGCGUUGAGGAACUCAACAACAACAACCGACGGAUCUAUCGAUCCUCGCCGGGAUGCCGACGCAUCAACGACUAGCACUCGGAAUUCAUACGCGACGACCAAGACAUCCGUUGACGAAGAAACAGAUUCAACCAUCUUUGCACACAUUGAGGACAGCAAGAUCCUGCGCAACGAGCGUAUAGUGUCUAGUAAAUACGCAGGCCGGGCACUGGCGGAAUGGGCUGUGAUUAUAUCCGAAUUUGAUAACUUCUUUGACCGACGACUCAAGGAGGGUGUUCCAAGCGAUGACCUCGUUGAAACACCUACGCUGAGCGUGGAGAACCUCAAGAAAUGA